UUUUAAGGUAUUAGAAUAUCGAUAUGAUCAAAAUGACACCGUCGACAUCGUAACCACAAGGCUUGUGAUUACAGAAUCACUUGACAUGGAUUAUGAAUGGUUAUAUUUGGAGGAAAUGCAAACAUGCCG